AUGGCGUCUUCGUCAUCGGACAAAGAAGGUAUGGAAGACGAUCAGGCUCAGCCUUCCUCGGAAGAGGGUCCUGCGAUGCCACACCUUGUGGGUUCCUGCGAUCCCUGUAUCUUCUUCGCAACUUCUGCUGGGUGCCACAGGGAUGCUUGUCCGUUCUGCCACAUUCACAAGCAGACCUUGGAAAUCAGCCCACAGAGGCCCGGAAAGCAGAUUCGCAUGCGCCUGAAGAAGACCAUGCUGCGUCUCCUUCAGAGUCGAGAGAGCUCGCCGGACAGGGCUCAUGACGACCUGCAACGCUGGGCUCGUAAGAGUGUUUUUGCAAACAACAUUCUGACUGGCUACCUGAAGGCCCAGCCAGCCAUGGAGGCCCAGGAGGCAUCGGCCGCAGAUGAAGCUCACGGUCAGCCGGCAGCCAGUACUUCGGAAGAUUGGCCUGAGCUGGAGUCGUGUUUCCAGCUGGCACUGGGCAUGGAUGCUGCGCCGUGUACUGUAGCUUGGCACUUGAAAUUUGAUGUCGAAUCCACCCUGUGCGUCCCGGCUACCCUGGCCAAUUCCAGUUGGGAGUCGUUCAACGGCCUGGCAGUUGGAAGUUCCCUGCAGCGAAACCUAGCCGGCCAGGACUGGAUUGCGGACCCGAAGAAGAAUCCGCUGGCAAGGAAGUUCUCUUUCCAAAUCGUUAUCGAUGCAGCUGCCUGGAUUCCAAUCUCGGUUUCUGUUGGGAAGACCAAUGCACUUGUAGAGUGGUUCAUGGGCAUCGCACAAGACAACCUUCUGCAGGCCCUAUUGUCCUCCUGCAUUGCAGCGCUGCUCACUUUCAGCUGUGCACUGAUGACACACCUGGCCAUGAAGUACUGCCGGGGAGUUGCAAGCAGGAAGGGCCAAGGUCUGCGAGGCUUUCUUCGUUUCUUUUUGCUGGCAACGAUCACCUGCUUGGGGUGGGCUGUUGCUUGGAGUAAUUGGGCGCUGGUGCUCUCGGUUGUGGAUGCGCUAGAGCCAAGCCGUUCCGAUCAAGUUGUUGUCGCGGCCGUUAUCGCUGUGUGGCUGGUCCUCAGCGUGUGCUUCUAUCUUCGGUUUGGUCCCGAGCCGAUCAUUCCGGACCCGCAGCUCCAACAGCUCUGCUACAGUCAUGGCUACAGCAGCUCUGUCCAACGAUCCUUCGUGUCCUACAUUGUGUACUCCUGCGUUGUUUGUCUGGUCAUGGCCUGCUGCGACCCGACCUACGGACUGCUGAUCGUGCUCGCCAGCAUGGUCUACUCCUCGACCUCAUCGAUGUUCGACGCGCAGGCAUGGCUGGUGCUUUGCAGCCUGGCCAUCGUUGUAACACUCCUGGGCGCUUUGUGUUCGGCAGCGAUCACAUGGAUCUUCAAGGUCGAUGAGUUUUCCUCCAUGCGGCUCUCGCGUUCAGUGAACGAUGCCUGCAGCCAAAUGGUGACACGCAGGCGGGUUGAAUUUGGAGAGAUGCUGUCGCGUGUCCAGAAGGCUGGCAGCGAUGCUUGCUUGGUGGAGGACACUGAUCUCAGCAACCUGGAAGACAUCCCGCUGGACGAGGACGAGGACGAGGAGGACUUCAAGAGCUCUCUGGUCAGUUCCCCGGAGAAGUUUCAAGACACGGUCCGACCAGAUGCCAGUGACAGUUGCGUGAGGUUGCAGUUGAACCCCGGGGCGAUCUCCAGUGCCAUUUGCGUGUCUGUUCUCAUCUACGACGUCCUUGGCUUUGUCGUCUGCUUCCAGUGGGGAAUGCUCGUUGUGCGGGGUUACUCCGUCGCCUUCGGCAGCCUCGCCAUGAGGCUGGCGAUGUCUGCAGACAAUCUACUUACCUUAGGUUAG